AUGGGGUGGGGGCGGCGGCGGUGGCGCUGGGAGGGGGGCGGCGGGGAGCGGCGCUAUGAGGGAAGGGGCACCAGCCUGGAACAUGGCGGAGGAGGAACCGGGAGCCGCCGCUGCGUCCGGCCUCGGGCACGGGGGGACCCGGCGGGGGUGGGGGUUGCAGGGCGGCGAGGGGCAGCUGCCGCGGCCCGGCCCGGGGCCCGGCCCUGCCUUUCGCCGCCGCCCCCCGCCCGCCGGUCCCCAGAGCAGAAGUUGGAGCGGAAGCGGAAAGUUGUAACCCCGCGGGUCGGGGCCGCGACGUGGGGCCCGGGCGGCCGCGGGGAGGGGCGGGUGACGCCCGGCUCGGCCCUGCCGCGGGCGGGGAAGGGGACGGUCCCCGGCGGCCGCCGGCGUUGUCAGCGGGAAGUCCGAGCCGAGCCCCACCUAGUCCGGCCGCCGGGAGAAGCCGCUCGCUCUUUCCGGCCGGUGUGUGCGGGCGGGGCGGGGGGGUCGGGCCGGGCGGGCAGCCCGCAGGGAUUGUGCCGGGGGUGGCCAUGGAGCAGGACAAGCGGGCAGCGCCCUGGCCAGCGAGCUUCCCUCGGGCUUAUCACAAAAUGA